UUACCCAAAACAAAACCACCGAAAAGCCCACAACAAAAACCCAUAAAACCCGAACAAUCCAACUCUUCUAGCCGCCACACUCUCCCCUAUUCACAGCCAUGGCGAUUGCUGAGCCUACAAAUAAUUCACCAAGCUACAUCGACAAAUUAGUCGUACCAGGAGAUGUUGUACUCGAUCUCUCUUCAAUGUCUAAUCAAACAAUUAAGCUCGGCGGUGGUCUCCGUCAGGACUGUGAUUCGAUAACUGCCAUGAAGGCGGGUAUGUUGAGGUUCUCGAAGCCGAACAAGUACUGGGUUGAAAGCUCCCAGAAACGGUAUGUGCCUUCUGCAGGAGAUGCUGUUCUUGGCAUUGUUGUGGAUACUAAAGCAGAAAACUUUCUUAUUGACAUAAAAGGACCUGCAUUGGCAUAUUUACCUGUUCUUGCAUUUGAGGGAGGAACUAGGAGAAAUAUUCCCAAGUUUGAGGUAGGUACACUGAUAUAUGUUCGUGUAGUCAAGGCCAAUAUUGGCAUGAACCCGGAUCUCUCAUGCAUGGACGCCAGUGGGAAGGCAGCAGAAUUUGGGCCACUUAAGGAUGGUUACAUGUUUGAGACAUCAACAGGCCUUUCAAGAAUGUUGCUAAGCUCUCCAGCUUGUCCAGUUCUUGAAGCACUUGGCAAGAAGCUCUCAUUUGAGAUUGCAGUUGGCUUAAAUGGCCGUGUUUGGGUGAAUGCUGCAGCUCCAUCCACUGUCAUCCUCGUCUCUAACGCAAUCAUGAAUUCUGAGACUUUGACCAGUGUACAGCAAAAACUUAUGGUAGACAAACUGCUCCAGAGAACGCAGUAGGAACUAGCAACAUACUUGUAUUAGCGUUAUCUUUUGUUGAAAAAUAUUAUAUGUAAAGUAUGUGCAAAGCAUUUUGGUUAAGUCUGAGAGCAACAAUCCACGACUGCUGUAAAACAUUUUUGUUGUGAAAAUUUAGAUUUUACCUGA